AUGGGAUUGUCACUGCAAGAGGAACAGGAGGAGAAGGGUAGUUCAAGUAAUCUUGUUAACGGUGGACCAGUCGAGAAGAGUGGACAAGACGAGGAUAAGAGCACGGCGAUAAACAUGGGGAAGUUAUUCGGCAACGGGAAGAUCCACCCCGUGGAAGGUCUCUCUGCCACCGACAGUCUCAGCGAUGAUGACACCGGGGAUGACAGCGAGAAGAACGGCGGACUAUCUGCCGACGGCAAGCGGAGCUCCGGUCUCUGGACGUCCCUGCGAGCCGCGGUGAACUUUAACUCGGCCUUCUUAGCGCAGAAGAAGAGAGCCCGUAAGACCACAACCACGCAGAGGGUUGAUUCCUUCCUUGAGAAGUUCACCGUACGGCAGAGGGAGAACUUCGGGUACGACGACCCGGAGAAUCGCGGCGAUGGCACGGAUGGGAUGUUCGACGCUGAGAAGGAGCUACCGCGGACUUACACCGUCGACCCCGACGGCCAGUUCAAUUUCUACUGGCUGUUUGUGGUCACCAUUGCAUUCGAGUACAACAUCUGGUUUGCGAUUGCCAGAGAAGCCUGGCCUGGUCUUCAGGACCAGGGCGGCAUAGCAUGGUUCAUUCUAGACUACGUCUUCGAUUUCAUCUACUUGCUAGAUAUCUUAGUGCAAUUUAGGACUGGGUUCUUAGACCAGGGAAUACUGGUACAUGACGGGAAACAACUCGCAAAGCAUUAUGCUAAAUCGUGGAGCUUUGCCGUCGAUCUCCUUGCACUGACUCCCUUGGAUUUCUUAUACUUUGUGGACGCAGUCCAACUGCAUCCGAUGUUUCGUUUCCCGCGUUUUCUCAAAGUCUACCGUAUGACUUCUUGGUACUACAUGGCCGAGGCGAAAGCCACGGAACCCAACGUCUUCAGGGUGUUAAACAUCUGCCAUGUACUUCUGCUCCUCGUCCACUGGUUUGCCGCGUUUUACUUUAUGCUGUGCCAGAGGAUUGGCUUUGGGACUGGGGACUGGGUCUACCCCUCACUCGAUGGCGAGUUCAAUUCUACGGCCAGGAUGUACCUGAUGUCCUUCUAUUGGUCAACGCUCACCUUAACAUUAUUGGGCGAUAUCCCUGUUCCAGGAUCGGAGUGGGAGUACGUCUUUCAAAUUCUGAGUUACUUGAUCGGAGUGAUUGUCUUUGCAACAAUUGUUGGGCAAGUUGGUGCCGUCAUAGAAAAUCGGAAUUCUCUACGUCUCGAAUUCGAAAGACACGUGGACAAUGCUAAAAAGUACAUGCGGAUGUACAACGUUGCGAAGGAUGUACAGAACCGCGUGUUACUGUGGUACUUUUACACAUGGAGAAGAUCUAAAACCGACGUUAACAGUUUAGGUCCCCUGCCGACCAAAAUUCGAACUGAACUGGCGAUGCACGUCCAUCUACAGACCCUCAAGAAAGUGAGCAUCUUUAACGAGUGUCCGCCAGAGUUUCUCCACGACCUCGUUCUCAAGAUGGCAACGUGCAUCUACACCCCUGGGGACCUAGUGUGCCGGAAGGGUGAGGUGGCGAGGGAGAUGUUCAUCAUAGCGGACGGUCUUCUCGAAGUUGUCAGGCCGGACGGCGUUGUCCUCACCACUCUGAAAUCGGGAGAUUUUUUCGGUGAAAUUGGCAUCAUGAAUCUGGGAGGUACGGCAAAUAGACGCACAGCAGACGUGCGCUCCGUGGGUUACUCUGAGCUCUUCACCCUCUGUAAGGGAGACGUACUGGCUGCGUUAACCGACUUUCCACAGGCACAGAUAGUCCUUGAGGAGGAGGCUAGACGACGGUUAGACACGAGUAGGAAGUCCGAGUGUUUGAUACGACCGAUGGGUGCUGCAGACUCGAGCUGUACAGAAGCAUCUGAUAUUGAUAGACGUGCAGUCCGGGCGUUUAGUAAACGUCGUACUGCUUCAGCAUUAGGAUCAUCAAGAAAUAAGCUCGUUUCGUCCUCGGAACCCCCGUCGCCUGGUCGCGAGAGCGCCACCCCGCUCGCUGACUUUUCACCCGCUUUGUCAAGAUGGAGUCUGAAGCCUAUGCCACUGAAAGUGUCGCGACGAAAACGAGGCUCAAAGAGCAGUGAAACCUCCAGAGAAAACGAUAACGAGGCUUGGGUGAAUGAUGUCAUUGGUACAGUGCAGUCGAGACUAACAGAAAAAUUGGAGCAACACAAUAAAGAGAAUCUUCACCUCUCGUCUCGCAUCCGGGACCUUCGGAGCCAGCUAAACACGAAAGACCGAGAGAAUGAGCGGCAAGCGAAGGAGAUUAAAACCCUUCAAAACAGGGUAAUUGAACUCGAGGAAAAACUGAAGACAAUGGAAACUGUACAUAAAUCAUCAGGUGAUUCCAACAAUGUUUGCGCCAAGGACGAGGUGACAUGAAACACGAUCUUCUUUGCCACAAACUUGAUUUUACAUCAUCCCCACCCAGUUGACGGUACUGCAAGUGUGGGAGUAUGAAGCAAGAGCCGUGACCCGGGGAUGAGCAUGGAUAACUGGGGUGGACGCGUCCAAGUCCAAGAAUUAUUUGUUCUGAGCAGUCUGGUGAUGAUUUUGUUGUCACCAUGUGAAUUUUGUUUACAAUAAGUGUGACCUUGUACAUUCUUUUAGUAUUCUGGC